AGGGCCAUGGACGAGUUCCCCGGGCUCCUGGCCCGCGACUUCGGCUUCCGCCCCCAGGACAAAUCCGCGCCCAUGGCCGCGUCGAAGCUGUCCUCCUCCUCCUCCUCCUCCGCCUCCGCCUCGUUGCGGAGCAAUCCGAGAUCCGGGUGGAGCCAACCCGAUCCCCUCCUCGGAGACCCCGCGAUCGGCCCCAUCUUCGACGGGUUCGGGGAUUCGGGAUCGAAAUCGGCUUCGUCGUUGCCGGUGUUCGACAAGCCCGUAUACGACGACGACAUCUUCGGCGGAGUCCCCGGGGUGAAGAGCUCCUCGGUCGCGUACGACGACGUCUUCGCGUCGAUGAUGCGGUCGGGGCCGAGCCACGCCGCGUCGGCCCCUCCGUACGAUGAUCUCCUCGAGAAUCUCGGGAAGGGAGCGCCGGAGACGAAGGGCGGUGGCGAUAGGAGGUCGGAGGGGAGGAAGGCGUCGGAAUUCUCCGAGUUCGAUGAGCUGAUACCUGGAUUUGGUGGGAGUAGCCCUCCUAUGCGGAAAAGGGAAGCUCCUCGGACUAAUGAACAGAAACCUGCUGUUCCAUCAGCUAAGCCAAGCGGCAGCAUGGCAGAUGAUCCCUUCGAUGUAUUGAAAACAGCUUCUACUUCAGCAUAUUCAUCCUCCGGGUUGUUUGCUGAUCCAGUGCAGCGUAACGUGGACACCUCUUCUACAACCGGUGGUGGGAAUUUUGAUACUUCAAAUGAUUUUGAUGGUCUCUCAAAAUCAGUGCCCUUCUUUACUUCUGAGGUGAAUAACAAGCCAAAGGAGAGAAGCCCCCCAAACAACAUACGAGACUCAAGCCCUGUACAUAAUUUUACUCGCAAAGAAUUGUUUCAAGGAUCUUCAAUGGACUCUUUUGAAAAUAUCACCCCUGAUGUGCUGUCUGCUAAGUUUUCAGAUUCCAACGAAUAUGUUACCACCAGUGGUGUUCAAAAUUCAGAACAAUUGCCAAAGUCUAACGAACAUUCUGAAACAGAAGAUGACGUAUGGCUUACAGUUGCUGAAAUUCCUCUCUUCACACAACCCACGAGUGCUCCACCACCUUCACGGCUCCCACCACCACUUAGGUCAUUUGAUGCAAAUGCAAAAAGGAAAGAGAAUAAAUAUUUCUCACAAACUAGUCUAAGAGAUAGUUACCAAAGAGACUCAGAGAAGAAAUCAGGAGUGGCUCCACUAGAUGAACUAGAUGAUUUUGUCAUGGUUAAGCCUCAGAAGUUUGCUUAUGAGGAAGAAAUUGAGAAAAAUUCAUCUAUGGCGGCAUCUGCAGCUGCUGAAAGUACAGAAUUCACACAUAAAGAAAGAGAUACACAUGAUCUGGAAGAAAGAGAGAAGCAAGAAAGGUUGCAACGAGAAAAAGAAGAGAGAGAAAGGGAAGAGCAAAAGAGACUUGAAAAGGAGAGAGAGAAAAGGGAAAGAGAGAGGGCCAGACAAGCUGUGGAGAGGGCUACAAGGGAGGCACGGGAAAGAGCAGCUGCUGAAGCUCGCCUAAGAGCAGAGCGAGCUGCAGUACAGCGGGCAGCUGCAGAAGCACGUGAAAGAGCAGCAGCGGAGUCUAGAAAGGCUGCUGCAGAAGCUAGAGAAAGAGCUGCUGCAGAAGCUAGGGAAAGAGCUGCAAAGGCUGAAGCCGAAGCUAGGGAAAUAGCUGCGGAGGAAGCUAGGGAAAGAACUGCGGCAGAAGCUAGGGAGAGAGCUGCUGCUGAAAGGGCUGCUGUUGAGAGAGCUGCUGCAGAAGCACGGCAGAGAGCUGCUGCUGAAGCGAGAGAAAGGGCUGCUGCAGGAGCUAGGGAAAAAGCUGCAGGAGCUAGGGAGAAAGCUGCUGCUGAAAGGGCUGCUGUGGAGAGAGCUGCUGCAGAAGCACGGCAGAGAGCCGAGAGAGCAGCUGUAGAAAGAGCUUCUGCUGAAGCUAGACAGAGGGCAGCGGCUGCUGCAAGAGAAAAGAUGCAAAAAGCUGAGAAUGACCUCGAAUCAUUCUUUGGUACUGGGUUUCGGGCAAGCAGUGCAUCGGACACUUUGUUUAACUCUCAAGCUCAAACUAGAGGAAGUUCUGAUGUGUCACGAAGUACAUCUUCUGGUUCAGUUCCCAACACUAGGAAGACAUCAUCAUCUACAACAAAUAUUGUUGAUGACCUCAGUUCUAUAUUUGGAGCCCCUCCAUCCUCUGGAGAAUUUCAAGAGGUUGAAGGAGAGAAUGAAGAAAGAAGGAGAGCUAGAUUUGAACGUCAUCAAAGAACCCUUGAAAGAGCGGCAAAAGCUCUGGCUGAGAAAAAUGAGAGAGAUAUGCAAACUCAAAGGGAACAGACCGAAAGACAUAGGAUAGCUGAAACUCUAGACUUUGAGAUAAAGCGUUGGGCUGCUGGGAAAGAAGGCAACUUACGUGCCUUGCUAUCAACAUUGCAUUAUGUACUUUGGCCUGAAUGUGGCUGGCAACCCGUAUCAUUGACCGAUCUGAUUACGGCUGCUGCCGUGAAAAAGGUAUACAGGAAAGCUACACUGUGCAUUCAUCCUGAUAAGGUGCAACAAAAGGGUGCAACUCUUCAGCAGAAAUAUGUUGCAGAGAAGGUGUUUGAUCUUCUCAAGGAAGCAUGGAACAAGUUCAACUCCGAAGAGCUCUUUUAAAAUGGGCUAUGGGCACAACAUUUGUGUGAUCUGCGCGAGAUAUUGCAAGGGCAAGCAACCACAGUGUGACCACAGUAAAGCGUUGUUGUGAUUAAUUAUUUUUUAAACAUAUUCUAAUUCUUUUCGUGUUUUCCACCUGCGAUCGAUCAUUUUGAUGGUGCCUUUCCUGGCUACAUUGCUGCUCCAGAUAUAGAAAUUGUUCCGAAGUGUUGUAUAUCAAAUUUUGUCGCCCGACGAGAUCAGUAUUGAGCGAGGCCGUUGCGAUUUUACGGGUUCUCUGUUACCUUGUAGCUUUGUGAGUGUGUGAAAACAAAACCCACCUUAUGUGUAUACAUGCAUCUUCUCCAUCAAAUCUCUUGGAUAUUUGUUUGAUACAAUACUAUAUUUGUUGAAUGUUGGUAAUGUUAAAGUGCCAUUUAUAAAUAAUAUUAGUAAAGGGGGGUAUUUGAGUUUCGA